AUGCACAGCUUCUCAAAAUUGGCCGUGGCACUUGUCGCGGCUGCCUCGUUCGCGAGCGCAGAGCCCGAGACUCGGGCCGGGAUCGAAAGGCCCGUCAUAUACUUCCCGAGGCAUAUUAAGAGACAGUUUGUCAACGCGACGACUCCUCCUAGCGAAGCCUCAUCCUCAACCUCAAGGCCGCCCCCGAUCCCCGUGCCGGAGACAUCAUCGUCAUCGUCAUCAUCAUCCUCUGCUGCGUCGUCGACUCAGGAGUUUACAGCUUCGAAUCGGCCUACCAGUAUAGAGGAGUUCUUCAGCACUCUGAGUGAUUCAUUGACUACCGGCUCGACCUCCUCUAGCCAAAGACCCGCGACUUCGGGGACAGGAGGAAGCUCUGCGACUGGCGACGUGGUUCCGAUCGUCGUCCCAAGCUCGGCUUCGCCCCCUUCGACGGCCGCUGUCCAGCCAGGAUCAGUGUCGGCCCUUACGACUACUCAGAACUCGACCUCGGCUGCUACGUCGGAGUCUGUCACGGCGCCCGGCUCUACUUCGAGGCUGGUUGGUACACCGGAGUCUUCGUCGGUUUCCGAAAUCACCAGCGCGACAGCGACAGCGACAUCUCGGGCUUCCACUGCUGCGUCGAACACUGGGUUGAUCCCAGAGACCACCAUUCUUCCGACCACUGCUACCUCGAAUACUGGAUUGAUCCCGGAGACCACCAUUCUUCCAACCACUGCUACGUCGAACACUGGGCUGAUCCCGGAGACCACCAUCCUUCCGACUACCGCAAGUCUGAGCACUGCCGAACCGGUUGUCACUCCCAGCAUCACUUCAUCUUCUAGCUCGUCUGGUAUUCUGCUGGCCCCCACCGGCAUCGUGACACCCACCAGCUCCAGCUCGACCGAGAACCCUGCGCUUGGUGACAUUAGCACAUUGAUCAGCAGCAUUGCUUCCUCUGUCUCUACAGUUUUGCAGCCGAAUGGUACUGCCCCUGUCACGACCCCCGUUGACACCGCUACAACCACUAUCGCAUCCGAUACACUUAGCCCGACGACUGCGGUUGUCUCUACCACUGGGCCAGUAACUUCAAUCCAGCCCCUCCCUCCAGUUUCCACUCCUACCGCGAAUGGAACGGUUACUUCCCCGCCCGUAGGAUCGCAGACAACUGCCUUACCGACAACAACCCCUGGGUUUCCCCCGGACACCAGUAUCACCAGCCCGGGUGUCACGGCGAACAGCACGCAGAUUCCUACUACGGUCUCCACGAUCCCCACCACGCUCCCGACUACGCAGCCUCCUCUUACCGAACCGACCGUUACCCCCACAGUUCUUCCCCCAAGCUCCAACAACACUGUGCCGAGCAACACGACGACGCAGCUGCCACCUACUCAGGCUCCCACGCUUACUCAGUUGCCAACCACUACCACCACCCCUGCUACCACUGGCCCCGCUACUACUCCGUCGGCGGCGAGCACACCCUCGACGACAAGCAGCACCAACUCAAAUGACGACUGGCUCCCAACCACCAUCAUCGUACAAGCGCCUCUUCCGUCCACAACGGGCUCCUCGACGAUCGCCCCGUCGUCUGUUCCCACUGUACUGCCAUCUGAUUUGCCAAAGAUCAUCAACCCAUCCGACGACAUCACGGAGCCACUGGGUGAUGAUAUGAUGGAGAUUCAGGUUGCGUUCAAGUUUGCGCUCAACUACAGGUUCAUUACCAACGAGAACCCCAAUGCGGGAGCCCAGAUCUUUGAAUAUCUUCCCAAGGCGCUCAAGUACAUGGAGGGACUGACCGAGGAGCAGAAGAAGAGGCUUCAAGUCCUCCGGAUUGUUCCCCUCAACACGGAGCAGCAGCUUGGCUAUGUUACUUCUGUUGCGAUCGCCACCUGGCCCAAGGCCUUUUUCCCUCAGUUGCGCCUGGACGUGAAGACACCGUUUUCUCAAUUUUACCAGAACACCAGCAACGGCAUGCUCGCUCACAACCUGACAAUGUUGGUGAACCCGGCUAUCGACAUUCUCCCUGGAGCUACUCUUGACGGGAAGCCUGCUGGUGCAGGUUCCGGCGCUGGAGGUAACGGGUCGAACGGUCCCAACGAUGUCUUCAACAACGACAACAACAGCACCAACCAGUCAGCCACUCAGCGCGGAACUGUUGCUGGUAUUGCAUUUGGCGCUGUUUCGCUCGCGGCUGCCUACGGUGCUGCCAUGUUCAUCGUUGCGCGUCGGUACAAGAAGAAGAGGCAGGCACACCGUCGAUCCAGCUCAGUUGCUUCGCCCUCUGAAAUGCGGCAGUCUGGCAGCCCUGCCUUGAUGGGUGGUGCACUUCUCAGCCGCGACUUUACGCAUUACGGUGGGGUUAUGGGGCCAGCUGGUGGUCGUGAGAGCCAUGGCAGCAAUGGUAGUGGCAGGAGCGCGGGCAACUCUGCUCGUACUGCUGGCAUCUCGGCGCCUGUUGCACAGGAGAACUCACUUGGCUGGAACUGA